AACCUGCAUUUUACGAGCGAGGAGUCUUGGAUGAGGAGCCCCGGUAAACGAGGAGGGACUCUGAUUGAUUUACUUUCCGACUGGGGAUCCUGGAAUAGCAGCCGGUUGUGAUUUUUGCAUGUUGGGCUGGAUGCGUAGGAGGGAUCUUGGGGGAGAGAAUGAGGAGGGAGUUAUGAAUGAGGAGUCGGCUGGUUCGUUGGAUUUUUUUUAUGAAUUAUUAAGCGUAUUUUAUGCAUACAUAUAUGUAUAUUGUACAUGUAUAAUCAAUUUUGUUUGCCAAAACUAGUGGGCGUACACGCUUGUAGUUGUACCGAUGUAGCACCGCCCUGACUGGCUAGACUGUGCAUACUAAUUUUUUAUACAGUAUAUAGAAGCUACGCACGUCCACAACUAAUAAGUGAAUAGCUUCAGGCCAACCUCCCAAUUUUGCUGGUGCCUUUUUUAUCUGUUCGUUUUCUUUAUCUUAUAUGCAAGAUUAACAUAUCCAAAUUAAAACACUACAAUGGCAUAAAUGUCUGUGGGCAAGUCCUGACCAACCGAAGACACCUGGAAACAGCAUGAAUCAUAAAUCCAGGAUCCCCGGGAGGCAAAAUGAUGUGAUCAUCCACCGACAGACUCAUGGCUGUUAAUUAUGAUAACACAACCCUGUAUUAAAUGUGUACAAAAGUGCGGUGUGCUAUUUGAUAGCUGAUCACUAGUCCGAGUUAGUAAUCUGUACUCUGGUCUGGCAGAAAUAUAAAAGGAUACCAGAUUGAAUCAAGUGAUAAUUUGUCCUAUUGCUCAUAUACGAGAUAAAUUGGAAAGGUCUGCUUGUUAUGUUAAACCAUCACAAAGAUGGCAACAAAAGGGCCACUUGGUAGAGAAAGGAAUGUGAAGACAUCAAGUCGUGAAGGACGACAGAGGGGAAAUUCACAACCAGAUCAAUUUGUACAAGUACCGAAGGAGGACUCAGCAGUCAGGGGAAACAUUGAUGGAAAAUUUGAAGAUAGGAUCAGAGUAGUGAAGAAUGAUAACGUUCGAAGGCAGCGAGAACCUCGGAAUACAGAACGAGUCACAGCCUUGAAGAUCUCAAAACCAUGGCCUGCACGAAAGGACACUACUGUCGAUGAACUUGUCAAGCAUAUGUCAAAAGUUCCUUCAUAUUUGCAGCGUAAAGAGACAGCAGACGUUAUUCAGGACAAAGCACUGAAUGUUGGGGUUCUUGAGUGGGGCCUUCUUGCAAGGUGGUCUCACCAACAAAAGCAUGAGCUCUCUAGCAGCCAUGGAGCCUCUCCAUCUGAUACCACUAGAUCUGUGCUAUUUUCUUCUCCAUCUAAUUCUUCUGCAAGCCCCACCAGCAAAUCUUUUGAAAGCAAUCAAUCUCCGCCACUCAAUGACCAUCAGCAUUGUUCUAUGAUGUCUCCGCAAAGCAGUCCUGUGGACAAAGACCAUGAGAAGGCGAUAUAUUCACCUAGCCCAAAUUCUGCAGUGCUGAGCUUGUUGCCAGGGCAUGGGAAGUACAUAUGUGCAGAGAACAAUGGGAACAGUGGUGGCUUAAGUAUCAGCAAGUUGUCUGUACCCUCAGACUGCAUGAUCGCUGCCUCUGGGAGUUGCACACCUCAUGAAAUAGUAGAUGAUGAAGAUACUACAAGGAAGAUAGAGGAGGCUGUCCAUCACUGUUCUCGCAGGCUUUUUACAGAUGAUGAUAACAUUGGGCGGAAUUUCUUCACAUCCCAUGACAAUGAUUCCAUGCGCAAUGACCUUCAGCAAAGAAAUGGCAUCAGUGGUGUAAUAUCUAGUUCUGUGAUGGAAAAUGAAAGAAAUGGCAGUACAUCACCUGUUGAUUACUUGGAGGAUUUUGGCCAAUCCCAUGAAUUUCCUCAAAUCCCAUACUCAUGUCCACUCCCCAUCAUGGAUUCAGCUGAAGAGCUUGGCUCGGGUAGCAGUGCAACUAGAGAUGAUUUUGUUGAUGCAGCUGUAACAAUAGGUGAUAAAUGUAACCAAAACAAAUCUGUCAUUUGUGUCUCCAAGAAACCUCCCCAAAGCAGCUCAAAGUUCACCGAUACUGAUUUGUUGCCUGAUCGUCAUCUUGUUUCUGGAUUGAAUAGAGUGAGCCGCUGCUCUAGCCUAAAGGAAGCACCAUCUCCCCGACGGCUUGACACCCCUGUGGAUAGGAUUAAUGAAGACAAGCCAGCAAACAGCAAAGGCAGGCGCAGCCCAUUGAGGAGGAUGUUGGAUCCAUUAUUAAAAUCUAGGCAAACAUCCACUUCUCUGCCAACGCAACCUUCAUUUGUUCCAAAGUGUCAUCUGCCAAGCAAUACCAAUAAACAGUCUCUUAACUUGGGAGGAUCUGGGUCACAAAAUGUGCAGCGUAGGUCAGUUGAUGCAGUAGUCAUUUCAAAUAACCAUGCUGAAGCAAACAUAGAUCAGCCUCCUCGAGUGCUAUUGAACAGUGAGAGGUACCUCCAGCAAGAAAGGGAUUCAACAACAACAAGGCAAGCGCUUCUGCAGCUAGCAUGGAAGAAUGGCUUACCUUUAUUCAUGCUUUCUUAUGGCGACUCUGAUAUCCUGGCGGCUACUGUGAGAAGGAAGGGCAUCUCCAAUAAGGAUGAUCUGGAAAGCGCAUAUACUUUAUUCACUGUUGAAGAACCUAAGAAAAAAAGUGGAGCUUGGAUCACGGCAGGUAAUAAAAACAAGAAACAUCAACUUGUUUCCAGUAUUGUUGGGGAAAUGAGGAUCUCAGAGAAAAAAUCAAGAUGUUGCCACACAAAAGAUUUCCAUGUGCACAGGGAAUUUGUGCUGGUUGGUUCUGAACUGCUACCAACACCUGAUUCCUCAGGUGUUUCAGACGUCAGCAGAGAGCUUGCAGCUUUUAUCAGCACUGUGCCACAGCAAGCAGAAAUUCCUCAUCAAUCAUCUUCACAGAAUACCAGCCGAAGCAGUUCAGCAUCAAUUGGCUGUUCUUGCCCUCCUUUGGGGAACUUCCACCAUAACAUGAAAAAUCCUAGUUCUGCUCCAGCCGGUGUUAUUGCUGUACUACCUAAUGGUUUCCAUGGCGCAUCCACUUCUGGGCAGCCUUUACCUCUGAUGGAGAGGUGGAGAUCAGGAGGAUCAUGUGACUGUGGCGGGUGGGAUGAAGGUUGCAUUCUGAGUGUCCUCACCGCUGACACCCAAGAAAACAAAGCUUACAAGUCUGUUCCGGCUAACCAGACACCAGAUGGCAGUCAUCGAUUUGACUUACUCGCUCAGGGUCGAUCGGGGGAAGAUAGGCAAGCCUUCAGUAUGGUUUCCUUCAAAGAAGGGCUGUACGCAGUCGAAUUCAGAUCAUCCAUUGCUUUACUUCAGGCUUUUGCGAUGUGUAUAGUGAUGCUUCAUGACAGGUACCCUAUCAGGAUGCAAGCAGAUGUGCUAGCAUCGCAAGAACACACACUCCUUGCCGAUCAUAAGCCCAAGGUUAUGGCAGUCAGCCAAGGUAGAGCUCCCAGCACCUAUGUGCCGCACCGGCCCCCUCUAUCUCCUGUAGGGCGAGCCUAGCUAACUUGCCUCUCGCAGUAAAUUUAUGUCUUUCUCUUAGUAAUUCAAGUAGAGGUGUGGGGCCUUCAUAUCAUGGUCCUUACGUGAUUCACACAUCGCGAAGUGAUGAAUCUUAUGGAACUGGCUUCAGAGGUUGCUAGCUGUACAUGUAAAUGUGACUGUGAUGAUGCUGCAAGGCUCAUCUCAGUGCUUAUCUACCCUUCAAUUUGCUCGCAUCUGUGUCAGUCAAUCCCCUGCAGAAAUGGUAUACCUUUGGUGUGAAUUUUUGUCCACAGAAAUGUUGUUUUCGGCACUUUC